GCCCUAGAAGCGUCCUCGCCCGCCCUCUAACGGCCGUUGGUGUCGAGGCCUCGCGCCGGCGCUUGGCUCCCUCUCCCGGAGUCUAGCGCUGCCUGCGCGCGCGUCGACUUCCUGUCGCGAGGAAGGCCACGCAGGGGCGGUGACUCCAGGGCCGGCGAGUGCGCGCGAGUGGCUGUCAGUCCGCCCGUCAGCUGGUCUGGACGUCGGCUCUCGGCCGCCAUGGCUGAGAAGCAGGUGGACUUAGCUGGAGGGCCGGAACCUGAUAGUACGGUGGCCUCCAAAGCGGGACCCGAGGCGGCCUCGCCCGCGACCUCCGAGUCCGGCGACUACGACGGCACCUGCGUGUUCUGCCGCGUGGCGGCUGGGCAGGAAACCAACACUGAACUCUUGCACUGCGAGAAUGAAGACCUAGUUUGCUUCAAAGAUAUCCGUCCAGCGGCACUUCAUCAUUAUCUGGUGGUGCCAAAGAAGCAUAUUAGAAAUUGCAAGGAACUGAACAGAGAGCAAGUAGAAAUGGUUGAGAGCAUGGUAGCUGUUGGGAAAGCCAUUCUUGAGAGGAAUAAUUUCACUGACUUUACAGAUGUGAGAAUGGGUUUCCAUAUGCCACCAUUCUGUUCCAUUUCUCAUCUGCACCUUCAUGUCAUAGCACCAGUCAAACAGUUCAGCUUCUUAUCAAAGUUGAUUUACAGACCAGAUUCUUACUGGUUUGUCACAGCUGAUUAUUGGCUUGAAAAGCUAAGAAAAUAAAAAUGUGAACCAUGGACAAGCUCCUCAACCUGACUCGGGAUGAGCUACUUACUGAUUUGUUCUCUUCGAAGUGUAACUGCAGUCUGAAGGUUUGCUGGAUAUACAUGACAGUACCACUGAGUAGCCUUACAUUUUUUUUCUGAAUGUCUAUUUUCUGAGAUCUGUAAUAUAGUUAUGUGAGUACUUUGUCACUGAUUUAUUUGUUUUGUUGCUUAUGUUAGGUUUUAUGCUUAAGAUACUAUAACUAAAAGUUCAUUUAAUACAAAUUUUGCUAAUCAGGAUGACUCCUAUAUUCUUUAAAGUUCAGGUUUCAUUUAUUAGUACUCUUAAUAAUAAUUUAUGAUGAAUAAACUGGCAUAGAAAAUUGAAACCUUUUUACAAUGAAGUAGAAAAAGAAAUUAGCAAUUUUAUGAUAGUUUUAUUGUCUUACACAUAAAUUUUCAAAAUAAAGAAUACCAUACUACCAAUAUUCUCUGAUUUCGAUGAUAGAAACAUUUGUAUAUGUGUCACUGGUUUCAGAAACACACACACAUACACACACACUCAUAUAAUAUAUUAGUUUACCCUUUACCUGAAGCCCAGGAUAGUACCAGACUCUGUAAUGUAUCCUGUGCUUUUUCUAUAUAUGCAUACCUUAGACAGGCAGAGUAAGAGAUUGAUAAUAAUACUAAUAAAAUAGAGCAGUUAUAAGAAGAUACAAUUGAAAUGCUGCCAAUGUCCAUGGUUGUGCUUUGUUGCCAUAUUAAGUUGAUUACAAUUACUAUGGAUACUGUAACAGUUAAUCUGAUAACUGGCAUAGUUACUGUAAGCGGGUAAUGCAUACAGAUUGUGGAUGAUUCAUAUCACAGAUGGGAUAGAGUGGAAUGCUGUGAAAAUUCAUUGUUCUGUGUAGACUUGCAUGCAAUUUAAGAUGUAUGGAUUGUUUAUUUCUGGCAUUUGUUAUUUGAUGUUUUGGGUCAGCCAUAGAUAACUGACACUACUAAAAGUCAGGUCGCAGAAGGUGAAACUUUAGGUAAGAGGGAACUACUUCAGUGUAAUUUUAAAUGAAUAUAGUAACCAACAACAGGUUAUCUAACAAAUUUACCUGUGAGGAGAUAAGGAAAAAUGCAAAUUAGCAAUGUAUGAAAACUAUUGUGAUAUGGUAUGCUUUUGUAGCAAAGGAAAAUGAAAGUGCCUAGUGGUUUGACCCAGUGUUAUGAAAAAAGACUUGAUUUGAAAGUAGAAGGAGACAUCGAUAGGCAGUUUAUCUUGAUAACAUAGUGCUAAUAUUAUUGGUAUAGCAUUUAGUGGAGACUGUUAAUUGGAACUUGUCCUUGGCAUUAUCUUCAGACACAGUGGUGGGUGAAGGGAGAUGGGGUGUUGAAAGAUGAUUCUGCGUUUUGCCGUUGUCUAAUAUUGUUAUGUAUGCAGCAGGACAGAAACAUGAGGACUAGUGCAUUAUAGAAAUCAGCUAAGAUUUCUGUUUAUUGUUUUGGCAUGAUGAUAAGUGACUUUAGGAACACACUAGUUAUUACAAUGCUUGGUUACAGUAUCUAUAGUCAAGUGUUGUCUAGUUUGAUUAAAAUUAAUUAAUUCAGCAAAUAUUUUUUAAUAUUUAAUAAGUGCCAAACACUAUUGGGAUUCAGAACUAAAGAAAUGAUAGAGGUCAGUUGCCAAUGCUAUGGGGUUAGACAAAAAUAAUUUAUUAGAUUUUAGUGUGUUAAAUGUGAUAAAGAGGCCAUGGAAGGAGACCACUACUGAGAAUAGGUAGUAAGUGGGGAACACCUAAAUUCAAGAUAGUGUUAGGCUGACAAAUGGUGGAAAGCUGAGAACCGAGUUCUGUUUCCACUGUUAAUUUAUAGAAACAUUUGAAUUUCAGCGUCUUCACUUGAGGUGGAGAAAGGGGUUUUCGUGCAGAGGCUAAUAUCAAAUUUAGAUUUAUAGGUUUUAUAGCACUGCCUUGUAUAAUAACUUUCUGAUCAUUUGCAUAGCUAGCAAUCACAGUUUUUUCUAUACCAGUAAAAAUAUGACAAACUUCAGGAAAGGUGCAACCUUUGAAUGUUUUACUCUGAACUUGCAGUGAUGUAAUUUACCCCAUGAUGAGAGUACCUGGAAGAUGGUCAGGGUAUUGUUUAAAUGCCCUUAGGGGGUCUUUAAAAAUGUAAUUAGCUGGUUGAUUGUGUUUGUAUAGGUUUAUAUCUUCUCAAGGGGCAGAGUGAGUAAAGGUGCUUUCUGUCUGACAGUAAACCCUGAGGACCUGUGUUUGAUCUCUGAGUUUAUGUAAGGGUGGAAGUGAAAAGAAAGGAGCCUACAAAGUUGUCCUCUGACUAGUACACAUGACCUCUGUAGAUCUUCCCACGCAUUAUAAAUAAUGCACAUAUACACCGAGAUAAUAAAAUUAAAAAAUCACUAAAAGAACAUUUUUAAUGUAAUUUUUCUUUACUUAUAAAGAUGAAUAAUCAAAUUACAGUUAAAAUCCGCUUAGUCUUUUUAUUAGUGUUUGGUUACUUGUUACCUAUCCACAACAUCAAUUCAAAGCAAAGCUAAUUAAUAGUGUGUCUUAGUCACUGUUCUAUUGCUAUGAAUAGACACCUUUGCCAAGGCAACUUUUAUAAGAGAAAGCAUUUAAUUGGGGGCUUGUGUACAGUUUCAUAGGUUUGGUAUGUUGUUAACAUGGCACCAUGCAGGCAGCUCUGGAGUAGUAGCUGGGAGCUGUGUUGUGAUCUGUAUGCAGGGAGAGAGAGAGAGAGAGAGAGAGAGAGAGAGAGAGAGAGAGACUGGCCUUUUGAAACAUACUUCCUCCAACAAGGCACACCACGGCGUUAAGACCACACCUAACCUUUCUAAUCCUUCUCUAACAGUUCCAUGCCCUAGUGACUAAGCAUGCAAAUAUAUGUGACUAUGGGGUCCAUUCUCAUUCUGAACACCACAUAAAAUGUUUAAAAUAGUAUUGAGAACAUUAUGCAUGUGAUGCUAAUGUAUAAUUAUAAAAUUAUUAUGAUAAAGUAACUAGAAAAUAAAAAUAAAAAUGGA